GUGUUGUGUGUCCUGUAGAGAAGUGCCCUGGAGGCGUGUCAGAGGGGAUGGGGUGUCAGUGUGGUCGUGGGCUGGACAGACAUGGACGACUUCUCAGCCCGGCCCAUCCAGCUCAUCGCUGGCAAAACCUGGAAAGGCUCUCUUUUCGGAGGAUUCAAAAGUAAAGACAGCGUCCCACAGCUGGUUCUGGACUACAAAUCUGGCAAAAUUAAUUUGGAUGAGUUUGUGACCCACAACAUGCCCUUGGCGAAAGUCAACGAUGCCAUUGAACUCAUGAAGACUGGAGAAUGCAUCCGCACCAUUCUGGCUGUGUGCCCCCAGUAAACAACAAGGCAAUGACCCAAGAUGACCCAACGGCCUCUCUCUCUCUCUCUCUCUCAUUGUAUAUGGUUAAGGGUUAGCAAAUGAGGUAUCAUAAACCUUUUCAUCCUCUUUUUUUAUGACUGUCAAUCAAUAUAAUAAAAUCUUUAUCUUAACAUGAGUGGAGGAGUCAUACUGUGAUAAAAGAAAAUAUCCUUUUUCCCCACACGAGUCUUGUCAAAGAGGACGGCACACAACAAAGCUUUCUCAUAGCUAAACAGAAGAUGACGUUUCAUGGCAAAAACUGUUCUUGUAGAAAGAAUGGAUGUAGCCACUCCGUGUUGGCCAUUUGUUAAGUUUCAUAAUCUCGUGUUGUCUUUUUUUUAAAACCAAUAAACAACAUGAUUUUCAUUUUC